AGCGAGAAAUUCCUACGUUGUCUGUCAGGUGAGAAAUUGGCUUAUGCACGGCCGACAUAACGACGAGACCUCAGCGCAAAAUCUCCGUUCCACCAUCAAAAUUUUAAAAUUACUCAUUUUCGCGGUGUUAAGAAAUCAUCUCAAAAACCCGUCGAAGAUCAAAGCAGACAAGAAUUUCUGAAGGGGACAGCAAAAUGGCAUUAAGGCGCGUGCUUGGAUUUUCGGAUGGGGAACUUAUGAGGUCAGAUGCAAAACCUUGCUCCAGAUUGAUGAGGCAAACUGCCGGCAUUUUUAGCGUUGGAGGGGCAUUAGGAUUUUGGAUCCUCUGCCGCUUGCAUUACGGUCCCAGAAUCACAGUUCCUCGAAGUCUUAGGUGGGCUACUUGUGGUGCUGUCUCGACUAGCGCAACCACGGCUUUACUGGUUCGCCUGUUUAGUCCUGAAUGUGAACCGCAAAACAUAGCUGCGUAUGACAAGAAAAAGUAGUAAAGGUUAUAACUAAAACUUUGUCGUGUACCUUGGGGCUUGUUUGAGGAUUGUUGUUAUCAUAAGAUUCAUUCGUUGAGUUGUUAUAAUCUUUAAAACCAUUCCUAUUAUUUGUGAUAUUGGUCUUAUGGAUCUCUCAAUGCAAAUACAUUGUAAUUCUUGAUUCUCAGUAACAGUAUAAAAGACGACGUACUAUUAUUAGUUUGUA